CACCCCGCCAACCCCACCAUGUCGUCCAAGUCGCAAUUGACUUACAGCGCCCGCGCUCAAUCGCACCCCAAUCCUCUUGCGCGCAAGCUUUUCCAAGUCGCUGAAGAAAAGAAGAGCAAUGUGACCGUCUCCGCUGACGUGACCACGACAAAGGAGCUCCUGGACCUCGCCGACCGCCUUGGCCCCUACAUCGCCGUGAUCAAAACCCACAUCGACAUCCUCUCCGACUUCAGCCAAGAAACAAUCGACGGCCUGAACGCCCUAGCCCAAAAGCACAACUUCCUCAUCUUCGAAGACCGCAAAUUCAUCGACAUCGGCAACACAGUCCAGAAACAGUACCACAACGGCACCCUCCGCAUCUCGGAAUGGGCCCACAUAAUCAACUGCUCCGUCCUUCCUGGCGAGGGCAUCGUCCAGGCCCUCGCACAAACCGCCCAGGCCACUGACUUCCCCUACGGCUCCGAGCGCGGCCUCCUCAUCCUCGCCGAGAUGACCUCCAAGGGAUCCCUCGCAACAGGCUCCUACACCUCCGCCUCCGUUGACAUCGCGCGCAAGUACCCCAGCUUUGUUCUGGGCUUUGUCUCCACCCGCUCGUUGGGUGAGGUCGAGUCUACUGAGGCGCCCGCCCAGGGCGAGGACUUCGUCGUCUUCACCACUGGUGUCAACCUCUCGUCUAAGGGCGAUAAGCUCGGUCAGCAGUACCAGACACCGCAGUCGGCUAUUGGCCGCGGUGCCGACUUCAUUAUCUCUGGUCGUGGUAUCUAUGCCGCUGCGGACCCUGUUGAGGCUGCUAAGCAGUACCAGCAACAGGGAUGGGAGGCGUAUCUGGCCCGCGUGGGCGCGCAAUAGAGCGUGCAGUCCACGUUCCACUGUAGUUACAUGACUGGUGAUGCAUAAUGAAAAA